GUGUCUUUCAAUACGGUGAUCUCGGCCUGCGUGGGGCGCCUGAAGUGGCAGCAUGCGCUGGCUCUCUUUGAGCUUAUGCGGCUCAAGAACCUGCACAGGGAUGCAGUCUCCUGGAGUUCCUGCAUCACGGCAUGCGCGCAGGGUCAGAGUGCAGAGGCGGCUCUGCAGCUCUACGACGAGUAUUCAAACGAGGCUACCCAGCUGAACACGGUUGUCGUGAACGCAGCAAUGGCGGCCUGUGGGGCCAGUCGCACGUGGCAGCGCGCGGUAGCCCUGACCCACCAGCUGCAGUAUGCCUGGCAGGCACUCAGCCAAGCCCCAGAUGAAGUCUCUUUCAACACGACCAUUGCCGUUUGUGCGGCAGGGCAG